AUGGACGUGCCCGACGGCGUCGACCCUUACGCCGUGCGCGUCUGCCGCGAACACCCGGUCAGCGCCCUGCCCCCCGACGAGCGGCACGCCCUCGAGAAGCGCGGGUGCUUCCAGGGCGGCGGCAACGGCUGCUCCAAGUCCGGGUGGUGCUUCAAGCGCUGCGACAUGAACUGGUCGGGCCCCUGGUGCUGGACGACCAAGGGCGGCCCCCUGAGCGACUGGAAGAGCUGCAAGCGCAACAGGGACUGCGGCAGCAAGGAGUCGUGCGGGGGAGGCCGCUGCAAGGACUGCGGAUGCAGCUGCUAG